AUGCGAUCCAAGUUUAAGGACGAGCACCCUUUUGAGAAGCGCAAGGCCGAAGCCGAGCGCAUCCGUCAAAAAUACGCCGACCGCAUUCCAGUCAUCUGUGAAAAGGUUGAGAAAUCCGAUAUUGCGACCAUCGACAAGAAGAAGUACCUGGUACCGGCAGACCUUACCGUGGGCCAGUUCGUCUACGUAAUUCGAAAGCGCAUCAAGUUGUCCCCGGAGAAAGCCAUCUUCAUUUUCGUUGAUGAAGUCCUCCCUCCUACUGCUGCUCUUAUGAGCAGCAUCUACGAGGAGCACAAAGACGAAGAUGGGUUCCUCUACAUAACCUACUCGGGCGAGAACACGUUCGGUGAUGCUGCUUAA